GCUCUGUCGCGGUGCCGCCGUCCGCCGCGGGGAGCUCCGCUGGGGGGCGCCAUGGCCGCGCGAGGAGCGGGUGGGAUCGGAGCGGGGCGGCCCGGCCGUGAGGAGCUCCCGGCGCCCCGCACCGCCCGGCCCGGGCUGGGAGCGCUCCCCGCGGGGGGCCGGCGGCGGGCAGGGCAGGGCAGGGCAGGGCGGCGGGGGUGGGAUCUGCUCCGCGUAAUCCCCCCGGGGGGGGCGGCGGGCCGCUCUCGGAGCAUCCCCCCGUCCCCGGCGCGGGGAGGGGAGAGCCGCCACCCCCCUCUUCCUCCGUUUAAGACCCGGGCCGGCGGGGCGAGAGCGGAGGAGAGCGGCCGCUCCGUAGCUGCCGGCCCCAUUUCGGCGGCGGGGCGGGCGCUGGAUGAGCCGCCGGCGGGAGGCGGCCGGCAGCCGAGCGGGUCCGAUCGCGGCGCGAUGAGCGCGGGCGGCAGCGGCUCGGCGGGCACCGCCACCUCCGCGCUGUGCCUGCUCCUCUCGCUCACCGCCGUGGCCGUGUGUCUGCUGCUGGGCGCUAAGACCGCCGAGCUGCAGGGCCGCCUGGCCGCCCUGGAGGAGCGCGGCGCCGCCGGCCCCGGGCCGCUGCUGGACGCGCUGCAGCCCCGCGUGGAGCAGCUCCUGCGCGAGAAGCUGGGCGAAGGACUCGCGAAGCUGCGGACGGUGAGAGAGGCUCCGUCAGACUGCAUGUGCCCACCAGGCCCUCCGGGGAGGCGAGGGAAGCCUGGACGGCGUGGAGAGCCUGGACCUGCAGUAAGUAUCGUGGAUUUUACAGUUGGAUCGACAAAGGGUCCCCUUGGUUUGGAUGGCAAACCAGGGCCUCCAGGACCAAAAGGGGAAAAGGGUGAAGCAGGGGACGUCGGCCCGAGGAUGGUUUUCCCUCGCCUCAAUCAUGGAUUCUUGGCUAACGAUCAGCUUGUCUUUAGCCGCCGUGUGCUCAAGGGCGAUCAAGGUCGAGAUGGAGCCACUGGCCCCCCUGGUCCACCAGGACCCCCAGGUGCCCGGGGGCCUCCUGGUGACACAGGAAAAGAUGGCCCAAGAGGACCUCAAGGCCCCCCUGGUCUUAAAGGCGAGCCAGGGGAGGACGGCCUUGUGGGUGCCAGGGGACCCCCGGGGCCAAAGGGCGAGCCCGGCAUGCAAGGGAAGAAGGGUGAUGAUGGCAUCCCAGGGGAACCAGGACUUUCAGGCCCUAAGGGAGAAAAGGGAAGCACGGGUCUGAAGGGAGAGAAUGGCACGGACGGCGCGCCAGGACCCAAGGGUGAACCCGGUGAGAAGGGAGGAGUCGGCUCCAUCGGACCCCGGGGCCCCCCUGGCCCAAAAGGGGAACAGGGUGACACAGUGGUCAUCGACUACGACGGCCGCAUCCUGGAUGCACACAAGGCUGCGGGGAUACCCAAAGUGGUGGGCUCUCCAGGUCCCCCAGGGCCGCCGGGCCCGCAGGGCGCUCCAGGCCCAAAGGGAGAGCUGGGCCUGCCAGGUCCACCUGGACUGGAUGGAGAAAAGGGUCCCAAAGGAGCUAAGGGUGACCAAGGCAGUGCGGGGAUCACAGGACCGAAAGGAGAGACGGGAGAAAUGGGCUUAUCGGGUCCACCGGGAGCAGAUGGGCCAAAAGGAGAGAAAGGAGACGCCGGAUCACCGUGUUUGCAGAACAACCACAUCAUCCCGGAGCCAGGACCGCCCGGAUUGCCCGGCCCCAUGGGUCCUCCAGGAAUCCAGGGGCCUAAAGGCUUGGAUGGUGCAAAGGGAGAAAAAGGUGACAGCGGUGAGAAGGGGGAGCGCGGCGACACAGGCCCAGCUGGUCUCCCUGGUGCCCCAGGGCUCAUUGGCUUACCCGGUACCAAAGGAGAAAAGGGAAAGCCAGGAGAGCCGGGAUUAGAUGGUUUCCCAGGUCUCAGAGGAGAAAAGGGAGAGAAGAGUGAAAGAGGGGAGAAGGGCGAGAGAGGGAUACCAGGGAGAAAAGGAGCCAAAGGGCAGAAGGGGGAACCCGGCCCUCCUGGACUGGACCAACCCUGCCCUGUGGGAGAUCGUAGUAUUACAGGCAGCAAUGGGGAUCCAGGUCUGCCAGGCCUGGAUGGGGUGAGCGUGCCCUGCCCACUGGGACCAGACGGACUGCCAGUAGCAGGAUGUUGGCACAAGGUACAGUGAGAGUAAUGGUAAUACCUCCUUGCGUGGGCCCUGAGGAGCUGUGUUAGGUGCUGUGCUCCAGCAGUGGGCUGUGUGCCUGCCCAGCAGUGCUGUGCCUUGUGGGAGCAGUGCCCUGCCUGCCUCCAUGCCCUGCUCCCCACAGCACGCACUGCUUUCUGCACGGCUGCUAGGAACGCCAUGCCAAAACCUUGCUGAGGCUGAAAAAGCCAAUUAAUAGCAAGCAUAGCAAGCAUGUUACUAACUGGUUGCAAACCCUCAGUUAGGAUAUAAGCAUGCCCUUGGCCUGUAAGUUUUUAAUUUGGUGCCACAUCAUUUGGAGGUAGUGUUAAUAUGAAAUCUGACUAUCUUGAUAUUAACAAGAUUAGUAAUGGAGCAUUUCUCUUUGAUUAAUAUGUUUGUCUGUGUGUUCUUUUGCAGUGAUCUCUAAGCAUGAAGCACAGUGUGUAAAUAAUGUGAUAUAUUUUGAUCUUUUUAAUUUUUGUAUAAAAAAAGGAAGAAAACAACCCUUCAACAGUAAUAUAUUGACCUUUUUUUAUACUGGAUUCUGUCAUUUAUGGACUUGGAAAAUACUGUGUAAAGCUCUCAAACCCAUAAGAUACGCAUGAUAACAUCAAGAUUUGAUAAAGGUACCAAUGACACUUACUGGGAAUGACCAGAACUCACUGCUAAUGCUGCUGUAUGAACUAACAGCACUGAGACAGUGCGUUGCCCUGUGUGCCUUACCGGCUCCCUGUCCUAACCUGGCUCUCAACUCUAUUUGCAUUGCACGCGUGUGCUCCAAGAGUGAAAAAAACUGGCAGAAAACAAAAAAGAAAAAGAGGAUGCAGCCCUAGGGAUGGAAGAAGCUGCUGUGUGCCAUCUGGUCAACCAAAAGGACUUCAAACCUGCAGAAGAAACAAAGCCAAGCUCCCUUUGUUGCUACCUGCUGUCGUCGUGAUGGAAAUAGCAAAUCUUUGGGAAAUGGAACCUGGACUGCCUGUGGAUGUUUUGGCCUCUGUCAGAUAACCUCUGAUCUCAGGAGGAAGCACCUCUGGGUCCUGUUCUGCGGUCUGCAGCUGAAGAUGUGCCAGCGCUCUGUUAAAGCAGAACCCAAAUUCUUUAAGAAACCUCCACUGCAAAAUUUCCAACCAAAAACACGGCAGUGCUUUCAGAACAGACAGUUGUGGGGCAGGGAGUGACUCUGCUGAAGUCUUCCAUUAAGCAACAGAGUGUAUACUGUUGCUAUUGGGGUUCCCAAAACUUGGAGUUUGGAGUAUUUGUCUUGGUCUGUAGGAUUCGCUUGCAUUUGAUUUCCUUGUGUUUAUGUGGUUUGAUUGUGAUCUGUGUAGCUCUACAUGCUCCUCUUGUCCUCCUCUUUCAAUGCUUUUUGGGUCUCUUUCUUUAACUUAUCUCAGGCACAUCCAUGCAGAGCAAGGUAAUGAAUCAGUGGUUAGGAUUUCCAUUACAUAUCGCAUUAAUGAGAGACAUUUAAAAAGAGAAGAAUUGCAAACAUCUUACGAGUAACAUUUCUUGGAAAAACAGGGAUUGUGCAGUAAAAAGCUAUGAAAAAUUAUUUUGCAGGGAACACAAUUACUUACAGCUGAGUCUGUUCAGCUUACAAUGAAGAUCAAGAAGCAAUCAGAUUCCUUUCCAAGGACGAGAUACUUUAUAGCAAUAAGUUCUUAAACUGAACAGAGAAGGAUGUACAAAGAUGCAUCCAAUGGCUGAAGUGGAAGCUACGUAAAAUCACGUAAAACAAGCCAUGGCUUUUUAAUGGUGAGUCUGGCUAAUCCUAACCAGAGCGGUGAUGGAAUGAAUCCCCAUGGCUUUAACGCCUUUCUGAUUUCACAGAUGGUUUCUGGAGGAAAUACCUUAGCCCAAUAGAAGUUGCUAGGCUCUGUGUAGGAGGCCGAAGUGAAAUUAAGAACCUGAUUUUUGUGCUGACAAACCAGUUGAUACAAGGAGUCAUUUUUGGUGCACUGAGUAGAUCUGAACCUGCGAGGAGGCUCCUUUGCAUCUCAGGGCAGCUGAUGCUGCAGGACCAGUGGGAGGAGAUGUGACUGAUGGCUCCAGGGGGAACAUGCCCUGCACAGCUCCAUCCUGGUGUAAGUAAUGCUAGCCCCGGUGUUGUGAAUAGCAGCAGCAAUGUGCUCGGUGCUCUGCACAGACAGGGUGAGGUUUCUGAUGUCCGGUGACUGUGUCCUGGUUGUUCUUGAGCUUAUCCUUUCAGUCAGCUGGGAGCAUUUGUCACCUGCUGUUAAAUGCUGAAUUGGACAUUGGCUUGGUCAGUGUGGACACACAAGAUCUACAGACGUAGGCAGUAAUGUUCUGUUACCUAGCUUUGUUCACUGCCUGGGGCCUACACCUACACACUGCUUGCUUUGUGGCUAUAUUUCACAUCUCUACCAAUUAGUUACUGACCACGUUUUUGGUCACUGUACAGAUUAAAUCAAUUCAGAUCAACUAACAAAUCAAGAAACAAGAAUUAUGUAACUCAAACAGCAAUGAAAAUGCAUUUUAUUUACUUCCAUUUCAUGACGUUAGCUACCACUUUUGGUGUGAGGGUUUUUAAAGGCGAAAGGAGCUGCUGAAAGAGCUCCCACUGGCUUUUAAUGCUUUUGAAAAACCCCUUUGCUGUCCCAAAUUAAAGCUAAUUCUUCUCUGGAAGGUCGAAGGCAAAUCUCUCAUUGAUGUCACUGGGAAGAAGAUCUGUAAUUGUUCCCUUAGCGUACAGUUGCUCUUCCCAUCUCCCCCAGUCAUCUCCAAACUAAAGCAGUUCACUACUCCAAACCACACCGUGGGCUUCUACACUUGGUAUCCUGCAGAUGUCCUGUUCAUGGAACCUCUAUCGAUAUCAAUGAGAGUUCAGUCCCCAGAAUGACUGCAGAAAGCACAAGAAUCUGCAAGUGUCCACAAACAAUCUACAAUGCAGAUAGAAAAGUCUUGUUUUACAUAUGCUGGCAAAAACUAAACAGCUUUCUAUCUAGCUCCUACUCAAAGAAGUUUGAUAUCACUGAAGCUACAAGACAAGCUAACCUCCAAAGCUUAUGAAAUUAUAUUAAAAUUUAUAUUUUCUCUGAGGAAAUACCCCCGAAGUCCUAUUAUCUUCAGGUAAACAAGUCAGUAUUCCGUCUUCAACUUGUGGAAUAUCCAGUGCUUGUAGGCAUCAACUGUGACCACUGCCAGGCCUGCAAAACAUUGAUACAGAAUACCAGAACAGUGCUUUACCUAUUGCUCUAUCCGCUGUGCAUGGUAGCCUUCCCCCUCCCAACACAGAGCCUGGUGCCACAGAACCCACGCCAUUCGCUCUCAGCAGAGCAGGAGAGCUCUUUUUAAAGCCACUGAACUUCUUCACUGGGGUUUUUCCUCCCCGUCCCCUCGUAACGUUCCCGUGCCAGCCCAGGAGGAAGGCUGGAACCAGCAUCGUAGUGCGGGGCCGUGGCUGAUCCGUACCCAUCAGUGCUGCCACCUCGGCUGACGGACACUGCAGAGGUAACGUUUGAAAAUCCCCAGGUUAAGGCCCUCUGCUGGGUUUGUGCUGCACGCUGGAUAUGGUGCAUCCUGCACGUACAAAGCAGGUCCACCUGUGCGCUAGCAGCAAGUCUGCUGUGCUCGAGACGCAUCAGAUAUACUGUGUGUGUCUAGACUAGCAGCCUGUGCAAAGCAGCUUCUCUGAUCUGCUGCUGCUUUCAGUUCCAUGGGAAGAGCUGGCAGGGACAGGUCCUGCAGUAUGUGGCACCUAUCCUCACCAGCUAUGAGGAACUAACCAGGAGGGGGUCAGUUAUAGGUCUGCUGGUCCCAGGCAGUCCCAUCACCAAAGCAGCUGAAACCCAUGGCAAGCAGAGCUCCAGGGCACAGGGCAUGGUAGAGAUCCCCAGGCACAAAUACUGCCAGAGACUGCAGUUGUAACCUGCAUUCCUCGUCCUUCCUGGUCCUCCACGGGACCACUGUGCUUAGUCUGUGCAUUCUGAGCUCAGUGUUUCUUAUCCAUCAUGCAGCACAAACUGAAAAACUAUAUUAGAGUAACUGUUCACUUUGCACUGACUGCACAGCCUAAGAGGAAAUGUGUGUAGGUCCACGUGCUUCCCACGCACACCUAUUGAGGGGAGGUUGUUAAACGAAAAGCUGUUGCACAGCAGCCAUGAUCUCAUUGGGAAGGGUUAAAAAAGGAGGAUGUGCUUUGCUCAGCAGGUUCAUGCCAGAUCAGUUGACUAUUUUCUUUUCCUGUAUGAAAAUGGUUACGUAGGUCCUUAUAGAACACGGAAUAUGCAAACAGCUCACGAGGUAAAUUUUACUUCUGGGCAGUGUUGGCAGCCUCUGUUCAAACUCAGGAAUGACCUCAGCCACUCACAGAGCACAGUGCAUUUCUCCCCCAGGGAUUCUCCCUUUUUUCUGGCUUGAGAGAACGUAAGGCUGCUUUACAGGAAUUCUGAAACGCAGCUAAGUGUUGCCACUAGAUGUCAGUAGCAAUAAAGAUGAUUGACGCGAUGAAAUGUAGGUCACUGUGACUGAGCAAUUGAUUUAUCUCCAUCAGUACAGUGGUUGAUGUGUGAGCUUCGUGGAUUCAUCAGUGAACAAAUAUUUGGGUUAAAACGCUUAAGUUCUUUGUCUUGGGGGAAAUUAAGCCAAGCCAAACUCGUGUUUAUCCCAGUUUCCUAGUUUGCAGAACAGCAUUCAGUGGUCUGAUGUAACAGGCUAUAGAAGUGUGAUGAUUCCCAUUAGGCCCAGAUAGUGCUGUCUGCGUGCUCCCAGGAACAGGGCAGGCAGCCGUGAGGUCUGUCUGUGCUCCAGGAACGGUGCUGCUGGGAGUGUGGCCAUGUGCCCGGGGCUCGGCUGCGUGUCUAUUUUGGUGGCCAAAAAUGCCCGUGUUUGUAGGUCCGGUCUAGUGCCAGGAGUGUGCUGGCAGCUCCAGAAGGGCCCUUGCCACGGUGUGAGCCUGAGUGGUGGGGACAGGUGAGGUUAAUUAGAGUUCUGCAGCUGGCCUAAUUGCGGGCUGGGCAGGUUAGUUAAUCAGUAUUUCUCUGGGCCGUGAAACAGGUGGUAGAUAAAAUCCAGUCUGACUCCAAACUGAGACUGUUUCCAAGACCCAAAGCACUGGGAUUUUAGCUUAAGAAGGAAAAAAAAACAAAAAGCCGUAUACUUUGUUUUAUUUCCAUGGGGAAGACGUGUUGCAUACUCUGCUUCUAAUCCUUGCUGUAUUUAUAAUGGCACCGAAUUUCAUUUCAUAUGUUUUUUUCUCCUGUGUAUUUAAAAAUAGGAACGUUUCUUGUGAUGAUAACAGACUUCCCAAUGUGUUUUCUUUUUCGGAAGUACUUAACUGAGUUGUUUUUUUUAUCUGCUGUCAUUUCAUACAUUCUGCAUUUGAAAUUGACAAGCCAGCAGAAUGUAUGUGAGGUGUCAGUGGCUCAAAGCAGCCUGUGCAGUGCUGAGAUGUGUUCCAUGCACAGUGACACAGGUCGCUAGGCAGGCGUUUCUGACCGUUACACUUACCCAGUGCCCAGCAAGCAUGUUUGCUUAUGAGCUUUCAUGUAGGACAGCCUGUCUGCUUUCAUUCUGGCCCCCAGAGCAGAGCUCAGCCAGCUGUAGCACAUAGCUUAAUUACAGUGCUAAGAUGCCAGAAAAAUCUCAGACUUACUCUAAUGGUAAACAGCUAUCCUUGCUCUCGAUAUAUGUGUCCUUGUUAAUUCACCAUAAAGGCACGUUAGAGCGUGGCUUUCCUGGGCAUCGAAUGCUGAUUUCAUGCUGCCCUCUGGAGGCCGUCUUUUUCGAACAGAAACAAAUUCGGUGCUAUGAUGGGAAAUCAUCCCUACCCCAAAAUAACAGCACUGCUCCUUGACUGCAUGCAUAGGCACAGACAGGUGGGGUUCCAAUCAAUCACUGCAAAACAGGAGCGCUUAGACAGGAACUUUCAUCUGCUGCCCAAUUCGGAUAUUUCCUCUUGGGAAACACAAUCGUAUUCUUUUUAAUCCAAUUGCUGCCCAGAUCAUUAAUUAGAAGCAUUAUGCAAAUAAAAGGAGGUUGCCAGCCAAGUUUCCAUUCUAAAAUUUUAGACUGAAAGCUCUUAAUCUUCCUCACAGACAAUAGAUUUUUAUGAAUAUAUGCAAAAAUAUCAGUAACAACUCAUGAUUAAAAAUAAAGCGUCCCCAGACUGCUUUUCUUGGAUUAACGCUGUAUGUAUGUGGCUGAACCGGGAUAGGUUUGGGUCUGACCUACGCCAGCACAGCCAGGCAGAGAUUUGGUCCCACCAUCCUCAGGGUGUCCUGGGGUGCAGGAAAGGCCCUGUACUGGACUUGGCCUCAUUGCAGGCCCUCAGAUUGACUCAUCGUGUACUCGGUGUGUUUGGUAGUACAGCCAGGCUUAACCAGGUAGACUGUAAAGGUUACUCCUAGUGUUCUCGUGUUCCCGAGCGAACCACAGCAGCCUUCCCAUGCUCCAUUCAUUAGAUGGCACACCAGAAGGGUCUGACUGUUGUGUAAGCUGCAGCUAAGGCAAGUGCUGAAAACCUGACACUUGGAAAUGAAUGGGAGACGGCCUUGAUAGACCUUAGGACUCUAUACUGCUGUAGAGGGCCUGGGGGAAAACUGCAGGGAAGCUGGGAAACAUGAGUUUUCAAUGCAUAAGAAGUGGCAUUAUUGACAGCAGAGUAGAAUAAGAAAUACAUUAACAUUUGCGGUUUUCCUAUGUCUUAGGACAAUUAAUCCCUGUUUGCUAAGCUGUGGUGGGAGUUCUCAUUGCUGUUUCAUGGGACACAGUGAACUUGUAUGUCUGUGUGUGGCUUCUUAUAUAACGUGGCUGUUAAUGGAGAUUAAAAUGAAGAUGUCCCAAGUAUCUGAGAUACACUUCUGUGUAAAUGACGCUAGAAAUGUGUGGGUUUUUAUCUUCUUUUAAACACUGAAUUGUACGUUUAAUUGUUAAAAGUGCAUUUUACACGAGUUUAUGAAGGGGAUGCUUAUCAAAUCUGCUUUCCUGCUGUGAAAUAAAGGUAGGACCUGGUUUUGCAGGUACCCACUGCAUUUCCAAAUUAGGCCAUUUCCAAAUGGUAAGUUGCCAUUAGUUAGAAUGGGGGCUGGAGUGCUGUUGUGUUUGCUGGGCAGUUUCAUAGAUGGAAUGCCACUGUAUAGGCAAUUUCAUAGCAAUUCUUGCAUUGCUACUUGGGGUUCUACUUUGGUAUCUUACUGAAAACAAAAAUGCUCAAUAGGACAAAUGUUCAGCACAAAAUACCAGUCAGAACUGAAAGCCACCAGCUCUGCCACCUGAAGUUGCUUUGGGCAUGCAGGUCUUUUAACACUGGUCUGUCCUCUAGCAUUUAGGUGCCAUUUCUGAACUGAUGUAAUUAGAGAAACUGUAGCUGCUGGUAUUGAAACCUAACUGAAGAUCUGACUUAUUUAUAACGCAGUUGAGAGAAAUGUAUGCAAUAUGAGUUUUAUCUGUACCUGUUUGAAAUUAUGCUGAUAAAGCUUAAUCCUCUUCCAAGUUAUGCAAGCCUUAUUUAUGGGAAUGGCUGCAUUGCUUCAGGGUGGCUGUCAGAGCUGCCAGGGCUGUGUGCACUACACGUGUCCACGCCGGGCACCCUGAGCAGUACUUUGUGUGGCUGUAUUUACGUGGUAUGGUACACAAAGCUGAGUAAGCCUCUGUAAAAUGUACCACUUUUAAAAUAUAUAUAAAUACAUACAAAUAUUAAGAACUAAAAACAAAUGUGCGUAACGUUUCUAUUUGCAACAUGUUGUGAUUUUUAAUAGUGUAUGCCAUGAAGAGUGUUCUAUUUACUCACUGCUUUGGGGAACAACUGUUUUAAAAAUGAAGGCAUUAAUGACAGUAUUUCGUAUCCAUUGUUUUAACGUGUUAAAAUGCUUAUUAAUUAGUCCUGCAGUGUAUGUAUUUGUAGCUUAAAGCUGCACUGGACAGCACGUCAGCUCGAGACCUCCAGAAACACUUCCUUGUGCUUUCUGUAAGAAAAGCCAAGACUUGACGUUUAGACGUGGUCUCUCUGUACAGGUUGCUUUUACAGUCGUGUGAAUAUGUAUAAUGAACUCUGCGUUUGUAACCAAGGAUCAGCAAACUGUAAAUGUUCCGGUUGUUAUUAUAAAUAGCUGCAAAGUAUCUUAACCAGACAAGAGUUCAAAUAAAGAUUAAUGGCCAUUAUUCGUA